UUACUAUUACAUCUUUUUCCACAAUCUCUCAAUUCAUUGCUCUUUCAAACUCUUCUUUUCUAACCCUUUUUUUACUUCAUCCAUCCAUUAAUAUUCUCUUUCUUCCUUCAAUUAAAUUCUCUAAAAAAUAUCAUUUCAACUUGAUUAACUCAUUUUUAUUUAUUUUUUGGGUUGUUCUGUUCUUAACAGGGGAAUUUUGGGUUUAGAUUUUAAAAAAAUUUGAACUUUUUAAUUUCUUUUGGGUUUAGAAAUUAAAAAGAUUUGAACUUUUAAUUUUUUGUGGGUUUAUUUGGUGAAAAAAUGACUGUUGAACAAAGAAGAAAUGAACCCAAUGAUCAAUUUCCUGUGGGAAUGAGAGUUUUGGCUGUUGAUGAUGACCCCAUUUGUCUUAGAUUGUUGGAAACUCUUCUGAGGAAAUGCCAAUAUCAUGUUACGACAACGAGUCAAGCCAUCACGGCCCUGAAGAUGCUGAGAGAAAACAAGGACAAAUUCGAUCUUGUUAUAAGUGAUGUUCACAUGCCAGACAUGGAUGGUUUUAAGCUGCUUGAGCUUGUGGGUCUUGAGAUGGAUCUUCCUGUCAUAAUGUUGUCUGCUAAUGACGAUACCAAGCUAGUAAUGAAGGGAAUUUCACAUGGAGCUUGUGAUUACUUGCUUAAGCCCGUGAGGUUGGAGGAGCUAAAGAAUAUAUGGCAACAUGUUAUCAGGAGAAAAAAGUUUGAUUCUCAGGAUCGAAAUGGAUCUAACAGCCGAGACAAGAAUUCUAAUGACGAAAAUGGAAAUAGAGGUGCAAACUCUGAUCAAAAUGCAAAGCUAUCUAGGAAAAGGAAAGACCAAAAUAUGGAUGACGAUGAAGACCAAGAUGAAAAUGAACAUGAAAAUGAAGACCCUUCUUCUCAAAAGAAGCCUCGUGUCGUUUGGUCUGUCGAGCUCCACCGCAAGUUUGUUGCCGCUGUUAACCAGCUCGGUCUUGAUAAAGCUGUACCUAAGAAAAUCUUGGAGUUGAUGAACGUUGACAAGCUUACGAGGGAAAAUGUGGCCAGUCAUCUCCAGAAAUAUCGGUUGUAUUUGAAACGAAUCAGCUCAGUGGCUAACCAGCAAGCUAACAUGGUUGCCGCGUUAGGAGGGUCAGACUAUCUCUGCAUGAACUCUGUUAAUUUCCAUGGUUUCACCGGUAGUCCACAGUUUCAGAACAACCCGCUAAGAUCCAUUCCACCACCUGGAGUGUUAGGAAGAUUGAACACUCCGGCUGGGCUGGGCCUUCAUGGGCUUUCACCUUCUGGGCUUGUUCAGUUGAACCAGGCCCAAAUCGCAACAACUUCCCUCGCCGACUCCAAAUUCCAGCCCAACAUGCUGCAAGGCAAUCAUCCCAGAACCGUGCUUCAAGGGACACCGUCAUUAGAAUUUGAGCAACCCCACAAAAGCAAUACCAUCUUAAGUGGCUCGAACAAUUCGAUUCUCAACCUUCCGAACAGUUCAUUGACGAUGCAAGGGCGUUCAACUCAAGACCGACAAAGUCUGCAAGGUUUCAGGAUAACUUCAGAAUCUCCGCCUAACUUACCGGAUCAUAAUAGAUGUAAUAGCAAUUGGCCUGCUGCUGUCCAAUCCCAGCCAAAUCUUAUGAAUCCUGUGGAGAAUAUUCCCAUUCAAUCCUCAAGCUUGAUGACCGAGAAUAUGAUGCAGAACAUGAGUUACCCUACCAAGCAAGUUUGGGAUUCAGAUUUUCUCGAUAGCUCGGUAAAUCCUUCAGUGGGAAACACUCAAUGUGUAUAUGAUUCAACAAACCCGAGUGAAGUUUUGCAUAGAGAUAGGGGUUUCGAGUCAAUGAGUCAGCCGAGAUUUGAUUCUUUAUCCUUGCAAUAUGAUCAAAUACUCCACAAUAAUUCAGGAGUAGACACGGGACUAAAAAUGAAGCAAGGACCGUUCAUGGAACAAGGAGCGAGGCCUUUGGUAAGUUAUAAUGGUAAUGGUGCUGGUUCUUUGGAAGAUGUUGUCACCGCGAUGUAUAAGCAUGUAUGAUUGUUCGGUUUUUUGAGCAGGAACGAGAUGGGAUAGCAUUGAAGAACCGCGAUUUUGAAUAUAAUUUGUGUUAGUCAGCCGAGCAGUGUGAGUUGGUCGAAGGUACACACAAGAGCACAACCCUCUUUGGGGACUAUUUAUGUAAUUUUAACUUCUAAUGUUUUCUUUGAUUUGGCUAGUUGGUUUCUGUUUUUAAUAAAUGUUACUCGCUUUGUCCCUUUGAGUUUGCACCCUAAAAUUUAAAUAUAUGAAAACUUUUUGAGUCAUAUGAUGCAAGCUCAAAGGGACAGAAGGAGUAUAUGGUUUGUUACCAUACCGAUUCUCCAGUUUCUCAGCUUUCUUGUUUGAUUCUCCUUUUUCUGAACUUAUAAAGAAACAAACAUAUAAUGAACUUACAGUGAUGAAAAAGCACCAUUUGAAAGCAAAA